CAACACUCUGUCUCAAAAAAAAAAAAAAAAAAGAAUUAUGCCAGAAAUUGUAUUAGAGAGAUAGCCAGUGGUUCAGGAUAUAAAACUCUUUAGAGGAUGAAAGAAGGGAAUUGGUAAUGAGGGUAAACUGCCAUAAGAAAGUGGAAUAUUUAUGGUCAUUGAAACUGUGGAAUUUACUCAGGGAUUGUAUAUAUAGUGAGAAAUGAGAUAACUAGGGUUUGAGCCUAAGUGUAAUCUGUAAUAGAGGAACCUAACAAAGGCAAAUGGAAUGAGAGGAUUGGAUUUUGGUAAGGAUAGUAGGACAAUAUGUCAAGGAGGAAGAAAAUAAGAGAGUUGAAGUUAAUGGCAAAACAGUGACUCAACUGAUAAGUUGUAGAUUCAGGAUUUAAUAGAGAAAGAAGAGAAAUAAAAAAUGUACUGAUUAUUUGGUAAAAAAUGGAAGAGUCAGGUGAUUAGAGAUUUCAAGGAGUUUGAAGAAUAGGAGACAGUGGUGUUACAGAAUCCAAUUGGAGAAGUCAAUUUUAAGAAGGGGGAAUGGUCAACUGUCAGAUGCUACAAAGAUAUGUAGUGAAAAGAGACCCUUGGAUUCAACAAUUUGAAGGACUAGGUGAUUUCAAUGAAAGUAGUCUCUAUACAGUAGAAGGGAAGAAAGCGAGCUAGAUUAUAGUUUUGGAGAAAUAAGAAGAGUAAGUAGGUGGCAUUAUUGACUAAUAUUUUAAGAAGUUAGACUGAAAGGAAGGAGAGAUACAGUAAUAAGUAGAGGAAAAGAUAGUUAAAGGAAGAAUUUUUAAGUUGAGAUAACUGGGGCAUAAUUAUAUGCCCACAGGGAAAAGACAGAAGGAAAUAUGAUAAAGGAGACCUGGAAUUACUGAUGGAGAAGAGAUCCUGGGAAAGCAGAAAGAGACAGAUUUCAAAGUGCAGAGAAAAAGAAUGGCAACGCUUUUGCUGAGAGAGGAAAAGAGAGAUAAGGAUGGAUUGAGAUGAGUUUAUAGCAGGUAGAAGAAGAAUUUAAAGAAAGUAGCAAAACAAUUUGAAGGAGGUUUUACAUGAUUAAUACUUUGUUUUUCAGAAAUGUGGGAGUAAAGUCCUUUAGAGAUGGAAGGGAGGAGGAUUGGAACACAAGCAAGGAGGUCUAUUAGCAUUAUUAGUCCAGCAAAAGUACCUUCAGCAAAAGGAUAUGUUAGUGCAAAUCAAAGCCGAAUGGCUGUGUCAAAAGUCAUGGCAGUUGUACCUGAAACAAAAACAGAAAAAGUGAAUACUCCCAGCACAAAGACAAUGCAGGUAUUGGAUGCAAAUGGAGUUGAUGUUACUCCUCGACCUCUUUACCAUCCAGAUCCACAUAGUAGUACAACAAAGCCAAAUAAACUCUUGACAUCACAAGAAGGAUCACAUGGUUCAGAUUUUAUAGCUUCCUAUAGCCUUUAUCAGAAUACAAUGAAUCCUAGUAUGUUAGGGCAGUUUACAAGGUCAGUUUUAGGAAGCAGUUCAGUUUCUAAGUCAAGUGCAUCAACAACUGAAUCGAUAGCCGAAGACAUAGAAGAAUCAUCUUUUAAGCGAGAAAGAUUGACUAGUUUUGCAGAUUUACGAGUUACAAGGGCAACAGCUGAAAAAAUAACAAAACAAGUGCUGGAGAAGAAUGUAGAGAUAAUACUCACAGAGACAGAAACACUGAGAUUCUUUGACUUGCCAACAGUCAUGGUCUCUGUAGAAGCUGAAGAAGCUGAGAAAGUAGCCCAGAGAAAUAGGAAAUAUGACAUCCUUUGUAGAAAUAGAUUAGGCAAUGACCUAUAUGUUGAAAGGAUGAUGCAGACUUUCAAUGGAGCACCAAAGAAUAAAGAUGUUCAAUGUGAAAAAAUCAUAAUGGAAGACAAAGGUGUAAUGUCUACUGCCUGGGAUUUGUAUGAUUCUUAUAAUACUGUGGAACUUUCAUCUUUAUCAGUAAAACAAUCUAUUAUUGAGUCAGGUAGUAAAGCAGGUAUACUUCCUAAAGAUCGAGACCAAAGAUCACGAGGGAGCACUCUGGAUAAAAAUAGUGAAACUAGUUCUCUAAUGGAUAUAGAAAAUGUAAUCCUAACAAAGAUCCAUGAUGAUGAGGAAGACCAAUCAGCUGCAAUAUUAAAAUCUGACAAAUUUCAUCAAGACUUAUUUUUUAUGGAACGGGUUCUAAUGGAAAAUAUAUUUCAGCCCAAACUUGCAGCUUAUCGUCAGCUUCCUGUUUUUAAAGGCAUUUAAUACUACAGAUUUCCAU